GCUUGUUGUAGGAAAAACUGCAAUAAUACGUGGUCAACGGCACACGUGGAAAAUGUCCAUGGAUGUAUUAGCCUAAAACUAAAAUGUCACCAACAGUGCUGUUUUUGCGAUUUACUAACCGGGAACCAGAAAUUAACGAGGGACACGUGAAUGCAACAUACGUACGCAGUUCAGGGACCGCUGCCUGUUGUUAAUAACUUGUGACAGAGAUGUCUACUGCACUGAGUCUGCGUCUUCUCCACUGCUACUCAAAGCCAGGCCCAUUUGGAUAUGGUCCUGGUGUCAUUCGCCCAUUCUUUCUCAGUGUGGAGAGAGAGGGCUACAAGUAUGUAAAUGCUCAGGAGCUGCCGACAGACCUGAGGUCCAUCACUGACCGGGCUGCAACAACCCUCCUUUGGACUGAACUUUUUAGAGGUUUGGCGAUGACCAUGAGUUACCUGUUCCGUGAACCUGCCACCAUCAACUACCCGUUUGAGAAGGGCCCUCUGUCACCCCGCUUCCGUGGAGAGCACGCUCUCCGCCGCUACCCUAAUGGAGAGGAGCGCUGCAUCGCCUGUAAGCUGUGUGAGGCCGUCUGUCCUGCUCAGGCCAUUACCAUUGAAGCUGAGACUCGAGCUGAUGGCAGCAGGAGGACUACACGCUAUGACAUUGAUAUGACCAAAUGUAUCUACUGUGGCUUCUGCCAGGAAGCCUGUCCUGUUGAUGCCAUUGUUGAGGGUCCAAACUUUGAGUUCUCCACAGAGACCCACGAGGAGCUGCUGUACAACAAAGAGAAGCUGCUCAACAAUGGAGACCGAUGGGAGGCUGAGAUAGCAGCCAACAUACAUGCAGACUACUUGUACAGAUAAAUGUGUACACUGCCUGCAAAGAUUUGUCACAAUGUGAAAAUGAUAUAUCCAGUGAGAUUAAGUGUAGUUUAAAAGACAUUCCAGUGAGUUUUAAAUGAGCAGUGAAGCUUUGAAGCCUCAAAUUAUGUUUUUAGAACUGUGAAAAAGUAU